GUUAAAUUAUGCCAUUUGUACACUAUUUAUUUCCUCUUCUAAAAGGAUUGAACUUUAUUUUAAUAUUGAAAAGGUAUCAUAAGUUAGAUUGUUAGAUUUCAUAAGAAGUUAGGUUGGAAAUUUGAUUGGAGAGUUAAAUCUUUUCUUCUGAUGAUCUGACUUAAGGAGUUUAGAAAGUGAAGAAGACUAGAUUCCUAAGAGUUUUUGUAGCUCUCUGAAUAUCAACUCUAGAGAAAUUUUGGUAAGUACAGCAAACAUUUAUUGAGCUUUAUGGAGGCCUUUUAGGUAGAGGCAGUGUGAGAUGGUUAUUGGAAGAGUUACCCAAAUAAAUGGGACUUGGCUUUUGUUCACUGUACCCUUGCAGUUUAGUGAGGACGAUGUGAGUAAUAAUACAGAGUAGUGAGUGAUUAGACAUACCAUCAGAGUUCUCCGGGAAUAUAGAUGACUUAACAGCUAAUCAGGCUGUGCAAAUUGGAGAAAAUUUUAAUGCAGAAGUGAGAUUUAGGGGCACCUGAGUGGCUAGUUGGAUGAGCAUCUGACUUCAGCUCAGGUCAUGAUCCCGCGGUUUGUGAGUUCGAGCCCCACAUUAGGCUUGCUGCUGUCAGUGCAGAGCCGGCUUCAGAUCCUCUGUCCUCCUCUCACUGCCCCUUCCCCAUGCACUCUCUCUAAAUAAAUAAAACAUUAAAAAAAAAAAGUGAGAUUUAGACCCUUGGCAACAGGCAGCUGGUCAUGGUGGAGCAGCCCUGGAGUAGAGGCUCUGGUGGUGUGGGACCUUAUGCAGUGGCUGCAGGGCUGAUGAGAAACUGCUAAAGUUCCUGUGGAAGCAAAUUACAAUUUCCUAAGAAUAUAAUGGAUGGAGAAGAGAAAACCCAUGGUGCCUAUGAAGGCACUGAAACCAUGUAUGUCAAAUUGAUAUCUUACGGUCACGAAUUUAUUGUAAAAAGAGAACAUGCAUUAACAUCUGGAACAAUAAGCCAUGUUGAGAGAUGAAGUCAGUUUUAGAAUGAAGUCAGUUUUAGAGAGAUCCCCUCACAUAUGCUAUCAAAAGUAUACAUGUAUUUUAUGUAUAAGAUUCGCUAUACUAACAGCUCCACACAGAUCCCUGAAUUCCCAGUUGCACCUGUAAUUGCACUGGAACUGCUGAUAGCUGCAAACUUCCUAGAUUGUUAAGUAAAAUAAAGUAUAAUAAACUGUUAACUUUUUUCAGGAUUUAAUACCUGUACUUCAGCUAAUUUUUUCAUAUAUAGCAUGUUGCCUGUGUGCAGUUGAACUUUUUAUUUUUAAGUUUUAUUUAUUUUGAGAUAGAGUGCACAAGUCAGGAGCAGAGAGAGGGAGAGAGGGAGAAUCCCAAGCAGGCUCCACAUUGUCAGCUGUCAGCUGAUGUGUGGCUCAACCUACGAACUCUGAGCUUAUGACCUUAGCCAAAGUCACACGCUUAACUGACUGAGCUGCCCCGGCACCCCUGUCCUCGGGUCUUUUGAAUGGUCUGUUGCUUCCUAUCAUUUAGGUCUCAGUUCAAAUGUUUUGUCCACUGAUCUUUAUCCACCUAAUUUAAAUUUACCCCUAGGACACAUUUCACAUAAAUUAUGAUGUUUUGCAGUCCUCAUAGAGCUUUCAGUGUCUGAAAUCUUGCUCUUCUUUGACUUUUGUUUGUUUUAUUGCCUUCCCUCUAAAGUAAACUCCAUGAGAGCUAGCCCUGUAUACUGCUGCAAAGACAAGGAGGUAUAGAAUAGGGUUUGAUACUUAGUAGGUAACUCAAUAAAUAUUUAGUGCAUGAGUGAGUGUGCUUUGUUAGCAAUAGCAAGUAUUUUAGUAUCAAUGGAGUAUGUUUGGAUUACUGUGAUAUGUUUGGAUAGCUCAGUCAAUAAUAUAAAGUAGGAGCCUUUAUGACCUAUGGAAGGCCCCUGUGGCCCAUGCUAAUGAGCAUGGACUUUACUCCAGAGUUAAAGAAGGGUCAUUAAAUACCUGUGAGGAUAUUUGUCACAGUUGAUUUUGUGAUUUAUAAAGAUUACACUGGCAGCCCAGUGGAGAAAAAGACUGGGGGAGAGCAAGAAGGCUAUUAAACAGUUCAUUGUGAACUUCAAACAUUUGCUUGGGGGCUGGAUUGGUGGGAAUAAAUUCGGAAGGUUGAGAGAUGGGUUGUAUAAGGGAUUGAUGACCAGUUUGAUACGAGUGAUGAGGGUAAGAAAAGGGUGAAGAAUGACUGCUGAAUUUUUGGCUGAAUGAUUGAGAAUUUUAUUUUGGUCAUUUUAAGUUAAGGAGGUCUUUAGAACAUGUAGUUUCAUAGGAUCAAGUGCCUAAGAGUUGACAUUAAACUGCAAGCAGCAUGCUUUAAGUAGGAGAAAAGUGUCAGUAAGACAAUUCACUGUGAACAUGAAGUACUUGGUUUUUAUUCUUCUCCAAAUAGCUUACAGAGAUGUAGGUGUUAGUGGGGCCACCUUUUUUUUUUUUUUUUAAAAAAAACUUAGAAUUGU